AAAAACAGAGAAGAGAACGGGGACCCGGCUCGAGCUUGACGAGCCUGCACGCACCGCGCCCAGAUUGAAACUACCAUGGCCGCCUCCGUGCGCCGCCCCUGCCUGCUCGCCCUCGCCGCCACCCUCAUCCUCCUCUGCUUUCCACUGGCAACGGCCCAACCCCAACGCACAUACGACCCUCCGUGGUCCGACGAGUACUGGGCCAACGAGAUCGUCGUGGGCGAGGCGGCGGAGGAGGUGGUCAGCGUCGCCGCCAGGCGCGCGGAGGCGGGCGGCUACGCGUACGGCUGCGCCAGGCUGUGGCUCGCCAUGGGCUGCCCUCCCGCUCCCGGCAAGGGCGUCAACGGGAGCCUGGUCGACGGGAGGCGCUCCUAUGAUCGGGAGCUAGAUCGCUUCGAGGAGGGGCUGCGGCAGUGCAGCUACCCUGAGCUUGAUCCCUACUUUCGCCGCACCGCCCCGACGUCUACUUUCGAUCCUCGGUGUUGUCCCUGCUGCUAUCCAUGUGAUCGCUACUACUGACACAGGCUUUGUACUCGAACAACAGACACUAGUACUGUAGUACACUUGUUUUUUUCUUUUGUACUGCAAUAGAUUAUUAGUUUAGUGCACAAUGUCUGUUACGUUUUUCGACAGUCGUAUAGCAUAAUUGUCGAUGCAGAGAAGGGAAAAAAAAUACGAGUA